AAGAUUGUUCGCGCCAAAAAGAAUUAAAUCAUCCGAGAAACUUGUCGUUCACGCAUAUAAAUACCUUACUAAUUUAGUACCGCUACUAGAACAAACGCCUACUCGUACUAUCGUCAACUAUAUGCAAUGGAAUCUCAUCAGAGCUCUAUUACCUUACACCGAACGUACGGAAAAAAUUGCUGUCCAACUUGCCAAAGAGUUUAAGGGAGAAAAGGAGGAUAAUUUGAAGUGGAAGAGUUGUGUAAACAAAGCCAAUUUAAACUCGGCCAUCUCGCACGAAUACGCCAAAAGAUACGUCAAGCACGGAAAUAAAGAAGACGUAAGUCUGUGUUAGUUAAAAAAAAAACACAAAAGACGAAAUUAAUUGAAUUCGUUAUGUCAUAACUUUCAUAAAUAAAUUACGCAAAUCGUUUACUUUAGCUCAUUGAAAUAAUCACGAAUAUCGAAGAUGUUGUCCGUGAGCAAAUCUCAGCGUCUACUUGGAUGGACGAGGCUACGAAGAAGGCAUCUCUCGAAAAAUUGUCUUAUAUGAGAAUGCAAGUUCUCACGCCAGAUUGGUACAGCAACAAAGCUAUUGACAAAUAUUACAAUGGCUUAACUGUCACGUGGGACUAUCUCGGAAGUGUAAUAAAUAUAAUGAACUUUGAAAUUAAAACAAUGUUGAGCAAGCUGAGGAAGCCCGUCGACAAAAACGAGUGGUUUAUGGAACCGACGGUAGUGAACGCUUAUUACAAUCCAUCUGGCAAUGAAAUCGUUAUUACUGCAGCCAUAUCGCAAGAUCCUGUAUAUGAUAAAAAUCAUCCUGCGUAUAUGAACUAUGGAGGAAUAGGCGUUGUCAUUGGACACGAAAUUAAUCAUGGCUUCGAUAAUACCGGUCGUAAAUAUGACAAAAACGGCAAUGCCAUACAAUGGUGGACACAGUAUACUAUCGACAAAUACGAGCAAAAAACGCAAUGUUUUGUUGACCAGUACAACAGUUAUUUAGCGCCAGACUUGGAGGAAUCAAACAUUCAUGUGAAUGGACAAUUGACGCUAGGAGAGAACAUCGGCGAUUCCGCUGGCGUUGUGGCCGCGUAUUACGCAUAUCAGCACAAAAAAGCAAAACUGAACAAGUCUGAAAUACGACUGCAAGGACUCGAGGAGUUUAGCGACAAUCAGAUCUUCUUUAUGAACUUUGCGCAUGUGUUCUGUGAGAAUGUCACGCCGCAACAGACACAAGUGUUAUUGCUGGACGAGCAUCCUAGGCCGGAAAUAAGAAUACGAGGUAGCCUCUCGAAUUUCCCUGAAUUCUCUGCAACUUACAAUUGUCCGGCAGGAAAAGGAAUGAAUCCGGAUACGAAAUGUUCUCUUUGGUGA